UCUGGCUACUUUCAGCUAUUCUUUCAGGUUGCUGACAUUAUUUGAGAGCUUACAAUGUGCCUCCAAAGCUUUGGAAAGGGAUUGGUAGUGCCUUGACAGAAUCGGCAAUAGCCAUGAACAUGAUGUCACAGGUCUCUCCGAACUGUGAACUGGGAACCGGACCGUCACAGGUCACAGGCUGUGAACAAAUGCGCGAAACAGUACAGUACUCGAUGUUUGUCUGCGGAGGAGCGAGACCACUGCUUGUGAGCUGUGCUUUCUAACUCUUAUAUUGUACCUUUACCUCCACGCUCCUUCACUCCCUGCUUUCUAUUCUAUUGUGUCUGUUUCUGUUACUGGUGCCCUUCUACAAUGCCUGUACAAGAUCGCACGAUCGAGUUUCGUGCCUGCGUCGAAUCUAUUCGCAACAGGUCAUCUCUUCCUUCCCGAGGUUCUGAGGCGAAGCAACGGCUGCUCCAGUCGCAAGGGCGAGCUGAGGGGAGCAAAUCCGAGUUUACGAGGAUGGCGACUGCUAUUGGAAAGGAUAUAAGCAGUUCUAAUCUCAAACUGAACAAACUGGCGCAAUUGGCGAAGCGCAAGACGCUGUUCGAUGACCGGCCAGUGGAGAUUAGCGAAUUGACCUACAUCAUCAAGCAAGACAUUGCCAAUCUCAAUAAGCAAAUAGCCGGACUACAGUCAUAUGUGAAGCAUCAAGGUAGUCCGGGCAGUGGGAAGACUCCGGAAAGCAAGCAACUGGAGGAACACAACCAGAAUGUGGUUAUGCUUCUCCAGAGCAAGCUGGCAGAUACCAGUAUGACCUUCAAGGAUGUCUUGGAGAUCAGGACUCAGAACAUGAAGGAGUCGAAGGACCGGACGGAGCAGUUCAUGCACUCAACAUCAUCAGCUGCGAGCCAGGCACCGUCAAAUUCCUUGCUCUUUGGAAACACACAACGUCAGGACCCUAUGGGCGAUGGUUCACGCUCCAACCUCCGGCUGGAUUCGAAAGGGAAAGGUCGAGCGAUAACACCCGUGAAUGGAGACAUCCUUGCAUUGGACUUGGGCUCCGCGGAAGAGGGCACUGCUGCUCAAAACGGUGAUGCGUUUAUGCAGAUGGAGCUUGUCGAACAACAGGACACCUACAUCCUGUCAAGAACAACAGCUAUUGAGUCGAUAGAAUCGACUAUUGCUGAGCUUGGCCAGAUAUUUACCCAACUAGCCCAAAUGGUUGCGGAACAGCGCGAAACGGUGCAACGAAUAGACGCAGAUACCGUCGAUAUCGCUUCAAAUGUCAGCGGUGCCCAACGAGAACUUCUGAAGUACUAUGCAAGCAUUUCAAGUAAUCGGUGGCUAAUGCUCAAGGUCUUCGGUGUAUUGAUCGUUUUCUUCCUGAUUUUCAUUCUCGUCUCGUAACGGAAGCAGGACCCGUAUAGACGUAUAUGUUUAUGGACCACGUAUUGUAUGGAUAUGCCACGUAGGUCGUAGUACCAUAAUACCCACAUCCCACACCCUCGGAUCAUACCUAGCCUACAUACCACUCUCAACCCACAGGUAUGGCAUUGACACCCGUGCCAAAAGGCUUUGGAGGUCGCUUGUUCUUGGAACCUCGUUUCUUCUUGGGAGCUUCUUCUGAUCCAUCCGGAACCGACCAUGUCCGCUUUAUCAAAGGUAUUUGAUCGACACCUGAAGUUGCGGAAUAACGUUGUGGACGCUCC